AAAAAUCGGAACUCGAUGUUUCGAGUAAAGCCCUUAGAAACUCACACAGGCGGGUAAAAUGCACUUGUACAAGGUGUAUUUUUACACCCAAAGAUGAGUAUGCGGCAAGCAUCACAUACGUUACCGCAUUGAUGAGUUUAAUUUCACUCAAUGUCAAAUAAAUAAGAUCACUUAAACGAGUAUUCUCAACCGAUGAAGAAAAAAGUGAGUAAGGAAGCUGAGUUAACGAUGAAAAUCAUGUUAAAUGAGUAAAUCCACACGUCUAAACGCAUCACUGAGUUUUCAAUUUAAAAUUUGGCAUUUACUCAUUGACAGGUUAUCUCGCUCUUCGAUGCAGUUUACUUGUCCAGUGAGUAAAAUUAUCUACGAAAAUUAGUUUAACGGCCAACAUCACACGUGAAACGCAUCACUGAGUUUUCAUUGAGUAAUUUUAUUCACGAAACUUUGUGCGGCGCGGCGCAGCUGCAUGCAUGCGAUGGAGUCAGAGUUUGACUACUAAAAUUAUUCAGUCUUCACCGUUUUUGCAGGAGAUGACAAGGGUGACAGGUGUAGCUGCAUCUGAUUGCUGUACAACAUUCUCCAGCAAGCUGGAAGAUUUGGCCCCAUUUGUGUUAAACAAGUCCAAGAAAACAUCUGUAAUAGAAUAUCAGACAGCAGCACUGAUGGUUAUGCCAGGUAUUCUGAAAGAGAGCUUGUCUGUAUUCAUGGUUCAAGAAAAUCAGUCUGAUCCAGAGCAAGUUCAAGCUGCUCAAACCAAUGAUGCAUCCACACAUCUAAGUGAAAUGUGCCAAUGAUGGAUAUUCGAUCAUAAUUAUGUGAAGAAAUUCAAGUCGCAAAAGACACCGUCUUUCUUGGAGGUUACGAUGUUUGACUUAAAAAGUUGAAGCUUCUAUGACCGACUAUUAUAAAGCUCAUCAAUCAACUCAAGUAGGCAUGUCAACAAAUUGGACAAAAUGGACAUUAUGCCAGAGUGAGAUCUGCCAUAGAUAUCUUCUAAGAAGGGCAAAUGCCCAUUAGUGUAUCCAUAUAUUGAACAAA